AUGAUAAGCAAAUGGCCAGUGAAAUGUUAUGUUUUAACUUCCCUUAUCUCUUUUUCUUCCUAUUUACCAGGUUGGAGGGGUACUUUGUUAGGUAUUGCUAUGGCUACAGUGAAUGCUAUGAUCACAGAAUAUGGCUGUAGUUUGGAAGACAUUAUUGUUGUACUAGGACCUUCAGUAGGACCUUGCUGUUUUACUCUGCCAAGGGAAUCAGCAAAGGGAUUUCAUAAUCUUGAUCCUGAAUGUGUACGGUUAUUUGAUUCACCAAAUCCCUGUGUUGACAUUCGUAAAGCCACCAGGAUUCUUCUAGAACGGGGAGGAAUUCUACCACAGAAUAUCCAGGACCUGAACCAAGAUCUUAACCUCUGUACAUCCUGCCAUCCUGACAAGUUUUUCUCCCAUGUCCGAGAUGGCCUUAAUUUUGGUACACAGAUUGGCUUCAUAUCAAUUAGAGAAUGAGAUACUUGACUGGAUUUUUAUACAACUAUUUCUUGCCUCCUUCUAAACUGACUACAAGAGAGAAAUUUAGCUGUUUGAUUUACUUAAAACCAAAAGGAUUACAAUGGAUAAUUCAUCUUUAGGUAUAUUUUCACUAUUCUCCAAAGCCAAAUGACUUUCACUUGAUUCUAGUAAAAUCUAGAUGAGGAUUAUUCUUAAAGUUUGUUCUGUUUGUUAUAUAAAUCAGGAAUAGGUCUCUUCAGUUCAUUAUUUACUGGGUACACCCUAUUUGUCAGGCAUUGUGUGAAACAUAAGUGAAUCAAAGUGAAUAAGACCUUUUCUCCUUGAGUCUAAUGCAGUGGAGGAGAUAAACACUUAUAAUACUUUAAUUUUGAUAGCAGUGGAAGAGUACAGAAGAAGGAAGGGUCGGGAAAGUGCUAUAGAGAAAAUGAUAUAUCACAUGGGCCCAAAAGAUGUACAGGCCUUUGAUAAAUGAAGAACAACCACAACAGGUAGAGGGAACACCAUGAACUAGGGCAUGAAAUUGAAAGUGUAAAACAUGUUCUAGAGAGAGAAGGGUGUAGGCAGAAGUUACUAGAAAAACAGGUUGGAAAGAGAUUAGUUAGUCUCAAAUGCCAUGUCAAAGAGUUUAGAGUUGAUUUUCUGGAUAAAGAGUAGGCAUAAAAAGUAGAGGAGUGUUUUUAUUUCCUUAGCGUCAUUUGUAACAGGAUGGAUUUAAAUUGUGAGAGACCAAAGCAGAGCGACUUUUUUAAGAGGCAAAAUACUUUAAAAAGAAACAAUGAAGACAGUGGAAUUAAGAUGGAGGAGAGUAGAUGAAGAGACAUUUCAGACAUAGAAUCAGUAGAUCCUCUUAAUAAAUAAUGAAGAUGACAGGUGAGGAAGAGUGGAGAAGUCAUUGAUGACUCCAAGAUUUCUGCUUGGUUGACUAUUAACAACAGCAAAAAGGGGAAGGAAGAUGUUUGGGAAAAGGGAGAAGAAUAAUGAGUUUGACAUGCAGACUGAAGUAUAUCCAGAUGGAAAUAUUUGGUCAAUAACUAGAAAUACAGACGUCACAUCUUGGUGGGAGCUGGGAGAAAGAUAUAGAUUUAGAAGUUGGCUAUGCAGAGAUGAGGCCUGAAUCUGUUGGAGUAGGCUGAAUCAUCUAGACAGAACUACAGGGUGAGAAAAAGGAGGUUCAAGUGUGAAACCUCAUACAACACCUACAUUUGAAGAAUAAGAAGCUGAACCAGUAAAAAAAAAAAAAAAAAAAAGA